AUGUACCUCCUUCUCUUGCUCCCCAUCCUCAUCAUAUCCUACCACAUCCUCCACCUCCUCUACACAACCCUUAUUACAAAGUCCCUCCUCUCCAUCCCCGGCCCCUUCAUCACCCGCCUCACAAAGCUCUGGUACUUCGAUCGCGUCCGACGCGGCCACUUCGAGCAUGACAACAUCCAUCUCCACGCGCGGUACGGGCCCGUCGUCCGCAUUGCCCCAGACCAUUACAGCAUCAGUGACCGGGCAGCGGUAAAACUGGUCUACGGCACGGGGACCAAAUUUACCAAGUCGGCCUGGUACGACGGAUGGAAGCAUCCGAGUCCCGAGCGGUGGACGUUGUUCCCGGAUCGGGAUAUUCGAAGACAUGCGGAAACGAGGAAAAGAUUCUCGGGGUUGUAUUCGAUGAGCUCGCUGGUGCACUAUGAGGAAUUUGUGGACCAUUGCACCGAUAUAUUCUCUCAGCGAUUGAUGGAGUACGCGCAGCGAGGCGAGAGACUUAAUCUCGGGCACUGGUUCCAGUGUUAUGCUUUUGAUGUGAUUGGGGACAUUACGUUUGGGGAGCGGUUUGGGUUCUUGGACGAGGGGGAGGAUAUCGAAGGGACCAUAGAUGCUCUUCAGAAGACCUUGGUAUACAGUACUCUAAUCGGUAUCUACCCCGAAUGGCACCCGCGGCUAUUUGGUCCCCUGAGUCAUUUCAGUUGGUCUGGGGCAGGUGGACGGGCGUAUAUCAUGCGGUACGUGCAGGAGAAAAUCCGGCGACACGGUGGCCAUGCCAAACGCGAUCCGGAGAAUGGGAGUCUACAGACACAGGACUUCCUCGAGAAGAUGAUGCUUGCUCGGGACAAGGAUCCGGAGAAGGUCACGGAUUAUCAUUUGUUCAUGAUGGGCCAGUCCAAUGUGAUCGCCGGAUCGGACACUACUGCUAUCAGCCUUUCGGCUAUUAUGUACCACCUGCUGCAUUAUCCCGAGGUCUUGGAAAAGCUUCGUCGGGAAGUGGAUGAGUUUACUGCGCAGGGCCGCUGCAGUCCUCGGGUGGCGUUCAAGGAAAGCCAGGAAAUGCCGUAUUUUCAGGCUGUCAUGAAGGAGGCUCUUCGUAUGCACAGUGCCACGGGUCUACCGCUAUGGAGGGUCGUGCCUGCUGGUGGCGCAGAAAUCAGUGGAUACUUUUUCCCAGAGGGCACGACUGUAGGAAUAAACACAUGGGUGGCACAUUAUGACGAAGGAAUAUUCCCAGAUGCAAAGAGCUUCCGACCAGAACGCUGGAUUGAAGCUGAGUCUGAGCCAGAGAGUCUGAAGAUCAUGAAUGAGAUGUACAUGCCGUUCGGGAUGGGGUCGAGAACGUGUAUUGGAAAACACAUUUCUAUCCUCGAGAUGUCCAAAUUGAUCCCCCGCCUUAUUCGAGAUUUCGACUUUAUCACCACAAACCAACAGUGGUGUACCGAGAACUAUUGGUUCGUCAAGCCCACUGACUUCAUAGUUAAGGUUCACAAACGGGCAUCGAAUCCUAAACAUGUAUAG